AUGUCCUUGCUCUCUCUUGCGCUCUUGGUCGCGGCCCACGUCGUCCAAGGGCAGGACUUCGGAACUGAAAUCAACAACUAUGGAACUGUAGCUUUCAUCCGCACAGGCGAGCGCACGCCCUGGGUGCGUUCCGGGACUGAGACGCUCUCAGCUCUGGGCGCACAGCAGAUGCUUCAGCUAGGGCAGAACUUUAGAGGGCGCUACAUCGUCGACGACGAAACAAGUGCGACGCGCCUCGGCGUGCGCCCCAUCGAUGGCAUGGCGCCGAACCGCAUCAAUCCUGACCAGCUCUUCGUCCAGACGCUCGACCAGCCGUUCUUGGUUGCUGCUGCGCAGGCGUUCAUGCAGGGUCUGUACCCAAAGUACAGCUUGAACGAGACGAGGAAUGGGCCUUAUCCAGAUGCCGUGGGGAUUUUGGCAAAUAAGUCGACGGUCGACUAUCCGUUGGAUGGGUAUCAGUAUGCGAAUGUUUUGACUCUGGGAGUAAAUGAUCCGGGGAGUAUCUAUCUUGAUGGGCAUAAUCAGUGUCCGUGGGCGUAUUUGGAAAGCGCGAAUUAUGAGGGUACGCAAGACUUUGUCAGUACGCGGGUGGCCCAGGAUGCAUUCUACAAGAGCUUGAGCAUGAGCUGGUUCAAAGACGAUCUACCGGAGCAAAUGCUCGAUUACAGGAACGCUUAUGGCAUCUACGACUCACUGUCGUACCAUUACACCCACGACAUGAACACUAUGUUGGACCUUAACAACGGAAACAACUCCGGCGUCCUCGACAAGGUGCGGUAUCUUGCCAAUCAGGAUGCGUGGUACCGCUACGGCAAUGUCAGCUCAGACACAGAUGCAACAAGUGCAAACCGCGCAAUGGGCGGCAAAACGCUUGCGGGGCUCAUUCUCGAGAGAUUCGAGAAAAUCGUCGCGAACGAGGGCAAUAGUACAAAUGGGAUGUCGCAGCCCCUAAGUCUCCUCUUCGGCGAGUACGACACGAUGAUUUCUCUGCUAUCCGUCAUCGACGCCGACUACUACCAGUCAGAGAACAGCAUUCGGCAAGAGAUUCCAGAGUUCGCCUCAGCCAUCAUCUUCGAGCUCUUCACCACAGGCAACAACACCGCCGACGACCCGAACAACCUGUGGGUACACAUGUCCUACCACAACGGCACCCAAGGCUACGAUGACACCGCACCCCAAGUUUAUUCCAUGUUCCGCAACGGCCCUUCAAGAGGGGACAUAACGUGGCGCGAUUUCUCCGACAGCAUCAACCAAGUCGCAGUCAAAACGUCGAGCGACUGGUGCGCAACGUGCAGCUCCCAAAGCGUCUUCUGCCCCACCGUCGAGACCACCACUUCGCUCACCACCUCUAACAACUCCCCCUCCAAGCUCUCCCCCGCAGUCGCAGGUGUCAUCGGCGCCGUCGUCACCCUCGCCGUUGCAGCCCUCCUCUUCGGCCUCGCCAUGCUCCUCGGCGGCAUCCGUCUGCACCGCGUGGAACGCCGCCCCCGCCAGUCUUCCACGCUCGGCGGCUUCAAAGGGUCCGCAAAGUUGGCGUCGGACCCGGAUCUAGGACUUGCGGCCAAAGGCGCUGCCCCUGCGACCAGCGAUCCGUUCGCCGACCCUGCUGGCGCUGCUGGCGGGAAUAAGAGAAUCGUGCACGAGCGCGUGGGCAGCUGGGAGUUGAGGGCGAAGGAAAGCAGUGGGGAGGAGAGUCCGAGGGGGAGCUUUGAGGCGAUUGAGGCGGCGAUGGGGAGGCCGGUUAAGGCGGUGCAGCCGCGAGAGAGCAUCUAA